UCUUUUAUGUAGGCUACAGUUAAGUUUGUGUCUUGUUUAUGUUUUUUUAUUAAUAACAUAAACAAACAGGCAUCAAUCCAUCAAAACAUUAACAAAUUAAGAACUAAAUACAUCUAGCAGCACAGUAAUCAAAUAUAGAUAUACAAUAUAAUAGAUAUCAAUAUAAAAAUAAAACCGUAUAAAAUAUAUAAAACAAUACAUAACAAAUAAUAAUAAAAACACAAAAUAUAACCUUACAUUAACAGGAGGUUAAUCCAUACAUCAAGCAAUUUACAAAGUUUUGAGGCACUUUGGUUCCUUAACUGCUUAACAGACUUAAAAUAAAAUUUUGAAAUCAUUUUGAAAUGCAGCAUAACAUGGAGGAACUUUAAAGAAUCAAACUAUAUGAAAUAAAACUUAGCUACUACAAUCAAUAUAGGUUGUUUUGUAUAGCACCUUAAUCCUGGAAAACAAUCCCAGACUAAAAUUAAUAUUUGGGCUGUCUUAAUUGUAAAUAACUUGCGCUUCUUUUCAAUAAGAGGUGAUGUGUGACUUUUCAACCAGUAUAUCAGUAAUGGUCUAAGCUAUUACCAAAAUUAUAUAAAUGUAUAACACUCUACACAGAUAUUGGACAUUAAACAUCUUACAGUCAAUAUCUAUUGGGUCAGUUAAUUGUGUUUACAAUUCCAGGUUCACCAGUGAUUGUUUAACAGAAGCUGUUCCCCUCACUCGGCUGGACUUUACGACUGUGCUACCCCGUUUCCUUUCUCUGUACAUCAUGUCCUUUCUCAGUCCUCAAGACAUCUGUGCUGCAGCACAGGUGAGCUGGCACUGGAGGUUUCUGGCUGAGCAGGACUGUCUGUGGUUGCCCAAGUGCAUACGCCUGGGCUGGUUUCUUCCCUACAGUCCAUCAGAUCAUGAGUAUGGAGCCUGGAAAAGACAUUACGUGGCCUGUGCCGCCAGUUUGGAUAUUCUGACUCCACGGGAGGCAGCAGGUGUCUAUGGCACUUUAAAUGAGAGUUUGACUGCACCAGAGGAGCAGGAGGAGAGAUGGAGAGAGCUCAUGAUUAAACAAACAAUCAGAGACAAGAUAGCUGAACAUAAAAAGGCUGUUCUGAAGACGAGAAGGGCAUGGAUAAACACCAGUAAAUUGGGCACAUCAUUUACUGGAAGCAUUCACAAUCAACCAUUGACUCUUACUGCUGCUCUCGUUCAUAUAGGGGACAAGUGUCGUUUGAAAAACUCAUAUUCCAAUGUCGACACCAUAAAAUCACAGGAUGGUUUGACCAUAAGCAGAACUCUUGAGAACAUAUAUGCUUCCAGUUUGGUAAAAACUAUGAGUUUACCAUUCAAGCAGCCAGUCAGGUCCACCUACUGUCCUCUUCCUCACUUCCUGCUUGUGUCAUCCAAAGUUCCUGGAUAUGAACUGCUUCUGGCUGCAGUACACGCAUCUGUGGUGGUUUUGCCAUAUGACUUACAAGGAAUGACCUUGGAGGCUUUGCUCUCUCUGGCAGAAAGAGCUAUCCAGGGCAGAAUGCUACAAAGUGUUGGUAUUCUGGCAGAAGGAAACACAGACGAGGUCAUCCUUACACAAGGACUGAGUAUUACUGAAAAGACAGUGCUAAUGCCACGUGUCAGAGAGUUUUGGGAGAAGCUGUGUGGCUGGGUAGUUCCUGCUUCAGAAGGCGGGAGUCUAAACAUCUUUGCGCCCCUGGCGUCUUCUGUUGCAGGGAUGGAUCUGAUGAGGAAGUUAUCCUCUAUGACUGGUCUGAAUGUCAAAGCCCCCUCUGGGAUGUGUACUGGCUCCUACCAGCACAUUCUCAGUGAGUGGUCUGGGUCUAGUGACUUUCCUCCAUUGAUGUACCUCCAUGAAGCUCUUCUUCUGAGCUGGUGCAGGCAGGCUGAAUGGAUAGAGGAAGCUUGCAAAGAACUGCGGAAACACCUUGAGCCACAGCUGCACUUUCUGUGUCAAAAGAUCAAGGGCCGUAUCCUGGGUUUGUUCCUCUGGGAUCAUAUUAAGAUGCCCGUCAUCUCCAUUAAAUCUGAAAUCAUGGAAUGCUUGAUUCAGGGACUAGUAGCGUUGAUGAAUGAGUCCCCAGAUGAUGCUGUAGACUUCUUGGGACGCUUUUUACUAAAGAAAUCGAUCAAGGAUGGUCUGAAGGAAACAGAGCCACUGUUUCUUACAGAAAGGACUUCCUCUAACAUCAUUAAUCCCAUCCCAGAGUUUCCAAAGGGUUUUACAAGUGAUGCAGACAGACGCGGUGGCGUGUGCAAGGAGCUUUCAGAUAGCGAGAGAACUUACGUGAGGCAACUUCAAGCAGUGGCCACAGUUUACUACACUCCUCUCAGAGCUGCUCUGGACUCCAAUCGAGCCAUUAUCAGCUCUGUCAGUCUCAUCACAAUCUUCUGCCCCCUGCUGGACAUUUUGGAGGCAAACAAACUUUUUCUGACAGAACUUCAGGAGAGACUGCAGGAAUGGGGUCCAUUGCAGUGUGUGGGUGAUGUUUGUGUCAAAUUCUGCACCAAGCUACGGGCCUACACAAACUUUUUUAACAACUACCCGACCAUUCUGAAAACCAUAGACAAGUGCAGAGAGACGCAUCCUGUAUUCCGUGCGUUUCUGAAAAGACACGACUGGAGUGUUGCUACCAGAAUGCUGAGUCUUCAGGAGCUGUUUCUUGCACCGUCUGCACGAGUAGAGGAGUAUGGGACUUUGCUUCAGGCUUUAACUCUACAUACACCACCUGACCACCCUGACUACACACUGUUAUCAUCCGCGCUCAACACAAUCAUGACAUACAGGAACUUCAUCCACAAGUUGAAAACAAGUUUGAAUCAAGACCUUAAAAUCUUAGAGGUACAGAAUACAAUUCAAAGCUGCCCGAAUUUGUCAGAGGGGAGCAGAUAUUUGAUCACCACACAGGAAGUGGCAUUACUGACCUGCCUAAAUGGAGACAUCACUUCCUCUCUCAGGAUGUAUGAGCAUGUGAGUGACCUGGGAUUGUUUCUGUUUAAUGAUGCUUUAGUGCUGACUGAGAAGAGCGUGGCACAUUUACCAUUCAGUCUGGCAGCGAAAACAACUCACACCUUUCUGGCAUCGGUUGCACUGCAUUGUCUGAACCUCAAGGAAAUCACAGAUACAAAGUAUGUUCAGAACGCUUUUCAGCUGGAGAGCCCAAAGCGCCAAUGGAUUUGUGCUACAGACAGAGAAGAGGAGAAGAACAAGCUGAUGUCUGCCUUAUGCAGUGCUAUAAAUGCUGCUAUUACGCGUAACUGA